CAUGCUCAAGUUCAGUGUAUAAACAAAUAAUGGCUGACGGGGACGCCAAGCUCGCGGACAUAUCUAGAAAUGACGGCGAUGGCGGGUACGCGGACAAGGAAAAUGAACCCCUGCUCCUCCCAGACAACGAGAAAAAGAGGGAGGAGAGGGAUGACGCUAAAGGCGACGGCGACGACAUCAAGCUGAACAUAGGCGAGCAGUACAUGGUUCGCCGCGCCGAGGACACCUGGCAGGCGGCCGAGAUCAUCCAGACACGCUACAAUGAUAUCGACCUGCAAGACGAGUACUAUGUCCACUACGACGGCCUCAACCGCCGCCUGGAUGAGUGGGUCACUAAAGAAAGGAUUGACUUAUCUGAGUUAUACCAGAGAGGAGAUAAGGCAGGCCAUGACCUUCUCAAUGAUCAGACAGCGGGACGAAAGAUAACGAGAAACCAAAAGAGAAAACACGAUGAAAUUAAUCACGUUCAAAAGACCUAUGCUGACAUGGACCCCACCACGGCAGCGCUGGAAAAGGAGCACGAAGCGAUCACCAAGGUUAAGUACAUUGACAGAAUACAGAUCGGCAGAUUUGAAAUUGACACGUGGUACUUCAGUCCAUACCCAGAAGAGUAUGGCAAGGUGCCCAAGCUGUAUAUCUGCCAGUACUGCCUCAAGUACAUGAGAUUGGAGAAGACCUACAGAUAUCAUUUGAGUGAGUGCACGUGGAGACAGCCACCUGGCCGGGACAUCUACCGGAAAGGAACUCUCAGCAUCUAUGAAGUAGAUGGGGCAGACCACAAAAUCUACUGUCAAAACUUGUGUCUUCUGGCCAAAUUAUUCCUUGACCACAAAACACUAUAUUUUGAUGUUGAACCCUUCCUCUUCUACAUCCUGUGUGAGGUGGACAAGCAAGGCGCUCACUUGGUGGGCUGCUUCUCCAAGGAGAAGGAGUCACCUGAUGGAAACAAUGUUGCCUGCAUCAUGACUCUCCCUCCAUUCCAAAGAAAAGGUUAUGGAAAGCUGCUCAUUGCCUUCAGCUAUGAGUUGAGUAAGCUGGAAGGUGUCGUGGGAAGCCCAGAGAAGCCUUUGUCAGACUUGGGGAAGCUCUCCUACCGUUCAUACUGGACCUGGGUGCUACUGGAGAUUCUAAGGGACUUCAAGGGCACACUCUCAAUCAAGGACCUCAGCCAAAUGACCAGCAUCACCCAGCAAGAUAUCAUAUCUACACUACAAAAUAUCAACUUGGUCAAGUACUGGAAGGGGCAACAUGUGAUCUGUGUUACACCCAAGCUGGUAGAAGAAUACAUCAAUUCGGCUCAGUUUAAGCGACCAAGACUAACAGUUGAUACGUCCCUACUAAGAUGGUCCCCCCCUAAACGGCAGCAUGUCCAGAAGAGAAAAUGAAGUCUUCACCGGAAAGGAUCUGACAACAAACCUGAGGAGAAUCAUAUUGGUUUUACAUGCUUUAGACAUGCUCCCUUAUUUACAGAUUAUUGUGUACAUUUGGAGUAAAUCUAUUCCGUUUA